CAACUUUUUUCGUCAGCUACAAAUGCGCAACCAAUGAGAAGACAAUCCAUAAUGACCCCAACGCUCCACUCUUCUUCCUGAAAGACAGCCUCAACCUAGGCACAAAGAUGACGCUCGACCUCACCAAGUCUAUCUCAGCCCCGCCUUUCCUCUCAGUUGAGAUGGCCAAUGCCACGCCCUUCUCAUCCACCAAAGUAACCGAAAUCCUCAGCCUCUUCAGCAUCAAGCAUGGCUCGGCGGAGGACAUAGCCAUCCAACGAACCUUGGCAGAGUGUGAGGAGCUUCCGCUCGAUGGUGAGAGAAAGAGUUGCGUCAGGUCAAUGGAAGCCAUGGUGGAUUUUGUCGAGGCUGAGUUGGGCAAUAGGGAUGUUCAGGUCUUUGAGACAGCUAUGGCAGAUGUUGGUGAUCCGGUGGUGGCGGAGCAGGAAUAUAUGAUCGGACAGAAAGAAGUGAAGCACAUAGUGAGUUUUAAGAAGAGUCGUAUUUCUACAUAGAAUUUUUUAAAACAUAAAACUUUGCUCAAUUUUAUUUUUAGGAAGCAAAGGCAUUGGUGUCUUGUCAUCCAGAGCCAUACCCGAGAGCAGUAUAUUAUUGUCACACGGCAAAGAACAUUGAAGCAUAUGCGGUGCAUCUAUAUGGGGCAAAUGGAGCGGCAGUGGACGCUGUAGCGACGUGCCAUACAGACACCUCAGCGUGGGAUCCAAAUUAUGUAGGCUUUAAGAUGCUGAAGGUGAAGCCAAGAACUGAACCAAUUUGCCAUUUUCUACCUCAAGGCCAUCUUAUCUUUGCUGGGCUAUCAAAGAUGGAUAUUUCUGCAUUCUAGUAGU